UGCUAGCUCGGAGACCUCCAUGUGUCCGGAGGCGGAGAAGGCGCCUGCUCUGGGGCGAAGGCACAGUCACAAGAGGUUUAUCGGGCUCAAACUCUUCGGGCGCAGCCCCCAUUUGCUAUGGAAACCUUUUUCAAAAAGCACUUCAGGAAGAAGAAUGUGUCAGCAGGGUCCCGGCGUAGCAGUGUGGUGGCCCUGCCUGCCAGCAAAGCAAGGCGGCGCUCUGUUGUGGGUCAGGCCUCUGCCAUGCUAGUACAACGCCGGCGCAGAUCCAGUGCACAGCUACAAGGGCUGUCAUGCUUGGGCUCCCGGCGCAAGCCUAGGUUGAAUGCCCGAAGGCGAUCCAGUACCACCGCCCCUCAUCUCAGCCCUAGAUUUUCUGUCCAGAAGAAGCGUGGGGGCCAAGUGCGCAUCAUAGACACUCAUCUUUUAGGCCCCUCCAUUCUGCUGGCCAGCUUCAUCCAAGUGUGUGAGGAAGAGGAAAGGAGGCAGUCACCUUGUACUGAAAGCUCCAGCCCAGAAACUCCUGAGGAGAGGCUAGAGGAGAGUGACCAGAGUGAGGAAAUGGCCUCCUCAGGCUCUGAAGGAGCUAACUUGACAGGAGAGCAGGAGAGGAAGGAGCUGCAGAGAGAGCUUUCACUGUGCACCUGUCGCCCCAUUCAGAAUUCCACUGGCCUGAGGCCUCUCCUCCGAGGCCCUCGCUGCCUGCGCCGCAGCUCCUCCCACCUCCUACCUGCAGAGUUUGUACACAGCAAAGCAGCCUAUGGGCUUCAAGGCCGCUACAGAUGUUUGAGCCAACAGCGGUGCUCAAGUGAUACUCCCAAGCCAGGUGCUUUACUCCAGCCUGUCAGAACAUGGAGAGCUGCCAGGAGGUGGAAGGUGCCUGCUGGAACCAGGUGGCUGUCGGCAACUGCACAUACGUUCCUGGGAAAGGAUUCUGUUCAUAGUGGCUGUCGCACUGACUUCUCUGAAGGCUGCAGUGCCCAAACGCCAAAAGCUAUUGCCAAAUCUGGUCUCCAGCAUAUGGUAGCCCAACCAAUCCCCACACUAGCCCUGAGAAGGGACUCAGAGAGGGAAAUUCGCAGUACUGUCGAUUGGAGCGAGACUGCAAUUUAUGGGGAGCACAUAUGGUUUGAAACUAACGUCUCUGGGGACUUCUGCUAUGUAGGAGAACAAAACUGUAUAGCAAAAAUGCUGCAAAAACCGAUGUCCAAGCGCAAGUGUGCAGCCUGCAAGAUUGUAGUCCAUACACUCUGCAUAGAACAGCUAGAGAAAAUAAAUUUCCGUUGCAAACCUUCCUUCAGGGAAUCUGGAUCAAGAAAUGCACGAGAGCCUACAGUGGUGCGGCAUCAUUGGGUGCACCGGAGACGCCAGGAAGGGAAAUGCCGACAGUGUGGAAAGGGUUUCCAGCAGAAAUUUGCCUUUCACAGCAAGGAAAUUGUAGCCAUCAGCUGUUCCUGGUGUAAGCAAGCAUAUCACAGUAAAGUUUCAUGCUUCAUGCUGCAACAUAUUGAGGAGCCCUGCUCUCUUGGAGCACAUGCUGCAGUUGUUGUCCCUCCCACCUGGAUUCUACGGGUCCGGCACCCCCAAAAUCCACUCAAGUCAAGUAAAAAGAAAAAGAGGACCUCAUUCAAGAGGAAAUCCAGCAAGAAGGGACCUGAGGAAGGGCGAUGGAAACCCUUUAUCAUCAAGCCUAUCCCAGCACCACUCAUGAAGCCACUAUUGGUGUUUGUGAACCCAAAGAGUGGUGGAAAUCAGGGAACAAAGAUCUUCCAGUCAUUCAUGUGGUACCUCAACCCCCGACAAGUUUUUGAUCUCAGCCAAGGGGGCCCCAAGGAGGCGUUGGAGCUGUACCGAAAAGUGCAUAACUUACGGAUUCUGGCAUGUGGGGGAGAUGGUACGGUGGGAUGGAUUCUCUCCAUCCUGGACCAGUUACGCCUGAAUCCUCCACCGCCUGUGGCCAUCCUUCCCCUGGGGACAGGGAAUGACCUGGCAAGAACACUGAACUGGGGCGGGGGUUAUACAGAUGAACCUCUUUCAAAGAUCUUAUCACAUGUGGAGGAGGGGGAAAUUGUGCAGCUUGACCGCUGGAAUCUACAGGUGGAGCCAAACCUUGAAGCAUACCCUGAAGAGAAAGAUGAGACAGCUACAGAUAAACUCCCUCUUGAUGUCUUCAACAAUUACUUCAGCCUUGGCUUUGAUGCUCGGGUGACACUAGAAUUCCAUGAAUCUCGAGAAGCCAACCCAGAGAAAUUUAACAGCCGAUUUCGGAAUAAAAUGUUCUAUGCUGGGACAGCUUUCUCUGAUUUCCUCAUGGGGAGCUCCAAAGACUUGGCGAAACACAUUAAAGUGGUGUGUGAUGGGACAGACUUGACCCCUAAGAUCCAAGAUCUGAAGCCCCAAUGCCUAGUCUUUCUGAACAUUCCAAGGUACUGUGCAGGCACUAUGCCUUGGGGCAACCCUGGAGAACACCAUGACUUUGAGCCACAGCGCCAUGAUGAUGGCUGUCUUGAGGUCAUUGGCUUUACCAUGACAUCCCUGGCAGCAUUGCAGGUGGGUGGCCAUGGAGAGCGGUUGCACCAGUGCCGAGAGGUGGUGCUCACCACAUCCAAGGCAAUCCCCAUGCAAGUGGAUGGAGAGCCCUGUAUGCUGGGGCCCUCCUGCAUUCGCAUUUCCUUGCGCAACCAGGCCAACAUGGUGCAGAAGACCAAGAGGCGCAGCUCUAUGCCCCCAAUUAAUGAACAGCACCCAGUCCCAGAGCGGCUACGAAUCCGUGUCAGCCGAAUUGGCAUGCAUGACUACGAGUCUCUUCACUAUGACAAAGAGAAGCUCAAGGAGGCCUCUGUGCCUUUGGGAAUUAUUGUUGUGCCUGGAGAUAGUGACCUGGAGAUGUGCCGGACUCACAUUGAGAGGCUGCAAGAGGAUUUCCCUUCAUGCCCUUCCACUGUUCAGAGCCUGUUCUUUCAGGAAGGGGAUGGAGCCAAACCAAAGACACUGUCAUGCCAGAAGCUGUCCCCCAAGUGGUGUUUCUUGGACUCAACUACAGCAGAUCGGUUUUACAGAAUAGACCGUGCACAGGAACAUCUGAAUUAUGUGACAGAGAUCUCUCAGGAUGAACUCUUUGUGUUGGACCCAGAGCUUGUGCUCACCCAGACUGUGGGCACGUCUCCUGCCAUGCCUGACCUUGUGGAUGUGCCCUCAACACCCACAAGUCAACACCCUGCUGUCCCAACUUCAUCACCAAACACACUAGUUUCCAGCUCAGAAAUGGGGAGCUGCCACCCCCUCAAAGAUGAUGCUUUGAUAGAUGCUGCCAAGAAUAACGAUUUCCUCAAGUUCAGAGAAAUACACCAGGCUGGAAGUAGCUUGAUGGUGCAAGAUCACACAGGCCAAACUGUCCUGCAUCAUGCAGUCAAAUCAGGGAGCAAGGAGAUUGUCAAAUACAUCAUUGAACAUGCUCCUUUAGAGAUUCUGGAUGUGGCAGAAGAAGAGAAUGGCGAGACCAGUUUGCACCAGGCUGCAGCCCUUCGCCAACGCACCAUCUGCCAUUACAUUGUGGAGGCUGGGGCUUCACUGAUGAAAACAGACCUGCAGGGAGAUACACCCAAGCACAGAGCCGAGAAGGCAAAUGAUCCUGACCUGGCUGCCUACCUCGAAAACCGACAGCACUAUCAGAUGAUCCAACGGGAAGAUCAGGAAACGGCGGUGUAGGACUCAGUGUGCCUUAUCCCUGCCUAGGGGAGCAGGAGCAGAGUGGCGUAAGAGCCAGGCCAGCUUUUCCUUGAGUAUCCAGCAUGGGGAGGAUCAAGAGCUACAUUUGAGCUUGGCCAUGGCACUGUUAUUUAUUAGUGUAGUGGGUGUUGAGCAAUGCUGACUCCGUGUUCCUCCACCACAUUCCAUGGAUGGGCUCUGCUGCUAAAUGUUCCCUCACUUCCUGCCUCCAGGGCAAUAGAGGGCCAUUUCUAUUCCCUCAAAGCAUUGGGAAAGAAGAUCCCUUCUUAUGAUGCCCCUGCACCUGCUGUGUGAUGUCUCCAAGUGGCAGUGUCUGCAGCCCAUUCUGGUCUUGUCCUGGCCAGUUGCAGCCACCCCCUUCAGAUACCCAACAGCGAUCGCUGCCUUUCUCAAUAGUUCUACCACUGGUGGUGUGCAUAGCCUAGAUAUAUGCUGUCAGUGGAAAUUGCCAUUGCAGUUCAUGAGACAGAAAUAUGUUCUGCAACCUGCCUUUUAACUAUACAUUUCAGCAUUCAGCUGCUUGUGUGGACUUUGGCCAGCAGUCACAUGGGCAAGUACCUGAAGCAAACUCUGGACCAGUCUUGCAUCCUUUCUUUUGUAGCACAAUGUUCUCCUGGUUUCAUUUCCCUUGUCAGUGGGCUCCAUACUGCAUGUAAUCCUGUGAAGGGAGCUUUAACCUAAGAGGAGGGAAGCCCCUGCUAUUUCCAGGCAGCACCAUUCACAUAAAUCUAUUCCCUGCAAGGUGACUGAUGAGCUGCUGUACUAGAACUGAAGAGCAAAGUGCCUGUUGCCUGCCUUUGUUCCUCUCAAGUUUUCUUUUUUUCUGUUCUGCCCCUCUUCUUCAACUACUUGCUUAUUUGGAACAACAGCGCCUGAGUUAUAAAAGCUGGUGUUGAAACAGCAGGGAGUUAGUUACCUGAGAGGGGGUGUUCAGAUCUCACCUUGAAAUAGACCAUCUGCUGUUGUCACAGUUAAGGGCAGUCUUCUGAUUUUCUUUGUAAAGGGAAAACCCUUUUUUUGUUCAGGGACAAUAUGACUGCUCCUUUAAUACACAAAGAUAAGGGGAUCUGAAUCCAUCAACCAGUUCUAAUUGCACAUUAUAUCCAUUUAUCCUAGGGCAAAGAGCUAGAGAUAUUAACUGUAAGAGUGAAGGAAAAAAUUCUGCAUAGCCCCCAAAUUUCUGUUCACAGUAGUCUUUGAAUUUUGUUCUUGGGUUCAGCCCAAGUUCACAUGUAUAUGCACACUUGUGAGUGAGAAAAUCAGUCUCCUGCUGCCCUGGAUUUAUCCUGAAUCAUUUCAAUAUAGUGUUCCAUUCCUUUAGAGAAAGCAGAUGCCCUGUUAUUUGGCCUGAAGCACUAUUGCAAGCAUAUCCUGCUUCUCUUCCUAAGUCUAUCAGUUCUAACUCUUGGUCCAUUUUUUUGUUGUUUUGGUUUUACUAAAGAAAAAGUUGAAGGAACUCAUAUCUUGCAGUGAUCUAGCAUGGGCAGAAUCCUGUUUUCAGCUAAAUCUGAACCAAAAUAUUCUGGAACAUUUAAAUCUAACCAGCCUAAACAUCUCUAGAUGCUAAGAUGCUUGUUUCUACCAUGCUCAAGAUGUACUGAGCAAGUUGCCAGCAGGCCUGGCACAAGUUCCACAUGGAAUGGGAGCAAGAAGCAUGGAGACUUGUCGCUGGCUGGAUUGCAGUCCUGUAAGCAGCCGAUCCUGUCAGAAGGUUGGGGUCGAGAACUCUGUUUAGACUUAGGAAGUAUAUUGAAAGUUCUUAAAAUUCUAGUUCGAAGGCAAGAACAUUUGAACCUCAGUAAGCUAAUUGUGUUCUGAAAAUGAAUGUCUUCCUCUAGGAUAAUGGCAGCCUUGGGUGGCAAGAGAGUACAACGUAUCAUUGAUUUGCAAAAUAAGCUUUUUCUUAUUAAAAUUAUUUGAUAUUGGUGCAUCUUUGAAAGGUGUGACAGUCACUGGUAAGUUGACCAGGUGGGAAAGUUUGCAUGCACAUCAGUCAGUGUUACAGAUACAAGAGUUGGGGGUGGAGGAGAUGAACUGCAGAGAUUACCCACAGUUAUUUUCCACUUUUUGAAAGAUUCCACCAGAGAUUGGGGUAAAGAACUGCCUAUUGUUCAUCCAGCCAUCAUUCCUCAUCAGAGACUUACUUGUGUGUGUCUGGAAACUUACCUUCUUUAAAGACUUCUUCCUGUAUUAAGUACUCCUGUGAUUACAGAAGUGUUGAGAAUUGUUGAGAUGGCUGCUGGUGUUUUGUCAGUGCCCAUGUAUCCUUUUGAAUCCUUUUGGAAGGUUACUUUGCCAUCUGACUGUGUCCCAUUUCCCGACCAAGAGAACCAGGCAACUAAGACUCCACACAAGCACAAUUAAACACUCUGUUCCUGGAUGAGUGGUGGGCAAUCCUAAACCAGAAGGUUAUUCAAAUACUGUAAUUUCUGUGAUACUUGUAUCUUGCCCUGUUUUGCUCUCCACAAGUACGAUUAAACAUCUGAGGCUUUUAUGGCAAACAGACAUGGUGCAGCCUCACAGCCACCACAUUCAAAUGGAUGCCGCUAAAGAUGGUUCCUGGUUCUCCUCUUGGAUGAUGGAUACUGCAGCUCAAACAGAUAAUGACAUUGUUAUGCUGUAAACAGUCGAGCAAGGUCCUACCACCAAGCUGUGGCGGGGAAUAUGCUUUGGUCUUCUUAAAAUUGGGAAACUGCUUUCCUAAAGCUGGAUGUUCAGGCCAGUCUCCUGGAAGCAUUUACACACCAUAAGCCCUGCUGUUGUCUUCUCAUCCCUCCUUUUAUAUGCUCCUCUGAGACUUUGUACAGGUAGUUCAAAAGCACACUGUUUCCCCAUCUCCUCUGUAUGUGUGUUUGUGCACGUGUGCGUGUCUAAAGCAGAGUUGCUGUGCAAUUCAAAUUUUGGCUUAUUUUUAUUCUGAGAGGGAGGAGUGUUUCAGAGGGUGGAUUUUAUUCCCUGUGCAAUACCUACUUCUUUUGUUUCCUAGAUUCUGUAUUAGAACACUUUGAAUUGAUUGUAGUUUUUUGUAACUGUGUUGGAAGCUUGUGCUUCCAUUCGCUUUUCUCUUUCACAGUUUAAAUGUUUUGUUGAGUUUUGCCAUUAAAAUACAAGGAUGGAUAUUUUACUUCA